UGUCAGGCCACAUUCUGUUGCAAGAAUUUGCUCCCGCCAUGGCGCUGGUGCAGAUGAAUUCGCCUCGCACACCCUUUUCGCUUGGGAGGCCACGAACAGCCCCGCGGGCAGAAGCGACUGAUGCUCCCAGCAACCCAAGGCAAUGGAGGUCCAGCAUUUGGGGUGCGGCCAUCGCUAGUGGCACCUUCAGGCGCGGGCUGAAGAGGCUCAAGAGGACGGGUGUGCGGGCUGACUUGGACGACAGCGGCUUGCUUUGGCUCACCUCUGAGGAGGUGGCGGGGGAAGGCGCGGAGGUGCUGGAGCUUCCAGUUCUCCCGGUGGAGGAUGUGCACAUGCCCGGUGCGUCGGUCACCUUGGAGGUGAAGGACGUGCGCAGCUUGUACGACUCCCUGCUGCUGUCGGGCUCCCGCUUUGUGGCCACCGCCCUCUUCAACGAGGAGCGCCAGGAGAUGGCGGCAGUUGGCACCCUACUCUACCUCGAGGAGCUGCGAGACUGUCCUACGGGCCUGGUGGCGGAGCACUUUGCAGUGGCCAGGGUUCGCCUGCUGAAGCCCGGAAAGCCGGGGCACAUGGAGGCAGAGCUCCUGUGGGACUGCGACGAGGAGAACGAAAAUGUGCCAAUCGCCUGGCACUGGAAUCCAUGUCACGAGAGUCCAAGGGUUGAGACGCGCUUGCAGCCGCAGCUCGGGCAACUGGAGCGUUUGCGGGGAAAGCUGAAGCAAGAGGGCCUCGAGGAGGCGUUGCGGCUCCAGCCGCCUUUGCCGCGGCAGCUGCGGGCAGUGCAGGGCCUCUGGCGCGCCAAGAGCGGGGUCCGCAUCCGCAUCCUGAACCACCAGGUCGUUGGCUUGGGGAAGUUGGACUGCCAUGACGGUCAGCUCACAGUGCAGCUGUCUACGCCCUUUACCGGCCGCAUCACAGCCGAAGGCGACGACGGCAUUGCAGAGACCUUGUCCUGGGAUGAUGGUGAUGUCUGGCAGAGGCUCUGCGCCCCCGCGCCGCUGCGGGAGGCCCCAGCAGCGGCGGCGCUGUGGCGCGCGGCGCGGCGCUGGCGGGCGGCAGGCGCUCUGCGCGCGGAGGGACGUCGAGGCGAGGCGCGCUGGAGGUCUGCCUCCGAGAUGUCCCAAAGCGGGGAGCGCCCGUGGGACCCGCAGAGCGCCUCCAAAGGGCUCUGGGACACUGCGGCGCAGAGCGCCGACGCGGCCGCCCGCACCGAGAUCUGGGAGGAGGUGCUGAGGCCCUGCCAGCGGCUCUUGCAAGCGCCAGUGACGGAGCGGAUCGAGGUCCUGCGGGAGAUAAUGCAGGCGGAGAUUACUCGACUUCAGCUUACCUUGACCGUAGCCUCCAGCGACUCUGACUCCAGCGAUUGAGAGACUUCCGUUCGGGGUCUG